AGAUUUAUUGUAGCAACGGCCCUUAGCAACGCACCGGGUCCAUGGAGACUGUGUGUGUGUGUAUGUGAAGGAAUGCAAGGCUACACGGGUCAAAUGACAGAGAAAAAACACACCGAGGUGUAAUUAAACCCGACAUUUAUUAGUUUUAUGGACUUAUUUCACAUCGUUGCUUUGAGGUGAAUAUGGGAUGCGGCAAAUCCACAAACACCGCGGUCCAACCGUUGAGACCGGAAGAGGUGAGUGAAGCCGAGGAUGAGACAGGAAGUAAACUCGAUGGUCGUGGAGAUUCGGCCGUGUCGAAGGGCACCACAGACAGCGGGGUGGUGAUGGAGAACAGGGAGAUGCCUGUGUUACCUGGAGCAGUGCCCAGAAAACUGCCUCCUCUAACAUGUGUCAGAGAAAGUGAGGCGGACAGAAUUUCACAGGACGGCUUGCUGCAGCGUGACAGCACAGUGCAGGAGCGCCCAAAGUCCAGUGAUAUCCUGGAGGAGCUGCUGAACCAGGGCAUCAUCCCAGUGGGACAGACCAGAGAGAGGGGCAGCGGGACUGGAGAGGCCUAUAGCAUCAUGCUGGAUGACAGGAAGGGGGUCAGACGAAGACCUCCUGCCAGACUGGAGUCCCUGAAGGCGAAGAAGGAGCAAAGUCUCCCCAGCAGAGAAGAGAUUGAGGAGAAGAUAAGACUUGCUGAGGGGAGACGCAAGAUAAGGGAAGACGAGCUCAAGACACGUUUAAGGACCAAGUCGGCCCGUGUUCGUGGCCCUGCCCCCACCUCAAGCACAGAGGAGGACGAGGACGCAGCCCUCACCCCUGUGGAGCCGCUACACCAUCCUCUCAACCCGGACCCCCUGGAUUCACCGCCUCGCUGCCAGGUCCCACGCGAGGCGGCCGAGGGCGGAGAGUGGGUGAGAGAGGCUGGAGGUGACGGCAGGGAGUGCAAAGAAGAAAUGGGCAGAGCCGAGAGGAGAGAAGGGAGAGGGGGGGGAGGAGAGAGUGGAGAUAACAGAGGGGCAGUAGAAGGGAGGGUAAGUAAGGAGGAGAAGCUGACCCAGGUGGAGGAGCUCAACAAGGAACAGCUUCUCGCAGCCUUGGGGGAGCUAGAGAGUGAUUCUAGCUUUCAGCGUGUAGAGGACAAAGAGGAGAUAUUUUAAUUUUCUUUAAAAAAUGAGCCAUGAAUCAGCACUAAAGAAAUAAGAGGGAGGGGGAGGGAGCCAAAAUUAUUCCUUUUGCACAGACAGGAGGCCUGUUGAAACUUGUAAAAAGAAAGAUGUAACGACAUUUUUACAGUAUUUAUUGUUUUGGAAGACAUUAACAGAUGUAAUUAAGCUGUGACUGGCCCUACAGUCGAAGCUAUUGUUUGUGCUUUCAUGAAAGAGCUCAAUUUCCACUGCAGGGACGUUCACUGGCCCAUAAACUGUAAUAAAUAUUGUAACAUUGUAGCUCAGUAAAAAGCGCAAAGGAAUAUGAGGGUUUUCUUUCCAGUGCAAUAUAAUUUACCUCAGUGAAUGCUUUAAUAAAUAUAGCCAAGGCUUAAUGUUCUUGCCAAUACACAAAAUGAAUUUAAAUUUGAUUUUUGUUUCACAUUUAAUUGUAAAAUAUAUUGUCUCAUUUUGCAUGUGAAGGGUGCGCUGUGGGCAGUUGCUCUGCUGGACAUAAGAUGGCGCUGUUUCAGUGGGUUAAAGUUGUAUCACACCUCAUCUGUAAGACAAGUUACUAGGAGGAGGUUUUGGCGACAUGUUGUUAUUGAUCAAUAAAGUUCACAUAUUUCCCUA